GAAGAGCAAUCCAUGUAGGUACGAUGAGGUGAAUUUGCUAUCACCCUCCUCAGCGUCUUAUGAAGUCUUCUCGGUUGACACAUGAACGUCUUAUCCCUUUGGCACUUUCGUUGGUCUACUCCAACCCAUUCGUAGUGAAGGUUGCUCCGGAACGAAACUACUACGAUCUCAUUUCGGUCUGGCGACCUUGGCCAGAAAAUUCUUUGACAAGAUGCGACAACCAGUCUGUCCUAUCCGUUUCUAAGGACACAAAUGAUUCAACCGAUGUGUGCCGUCCACAAUAUCGAUCAAACCGAACACCUGCAGAUAUCCAUUUUCAAAAAUAUCAUCAAAUUCCCAAACCGAAAAAGAUGCAUCUCAUUUUGCCACAAGUCGACAAAAACAAUGACAAAAAAGGAAUUUUAGUAAUUGGGGAUGUACACGGCUGUUUUCACGAACUGCUACGUUUACACGAAAAAGCCGUUCAAGAGAAUGGCGGUUUGCAGUUUCAAUACGUGAUUUUGGUGGGUGAUCUAUGCAACAAAGGACCGGAUUCGACAAAUGUGAUUCGGCACGUUCGUGCGUCUCCCAACUGGCUUUGUGUGAGAGGUAACCACGACGAUGGUGCUUUAGCAGCUGCUUUAGGUGACGAAUGCCGGCAAAGAAAAGCCAGGUAUCACUGGAUAUUUGGUAUCGAUAAGACCGGAUCUUCGAACACAAAUGUUUUAUCUGACGAAGAUGUCUUGUGGAUGGCGAACUUGCCGUACACAAUCCGUAUACCAGCGGUGGUACUCGGAGAAGAGAUGGAUACACUUAUUGUACAUGCAGGACUCAUACCAGGCGUUCUGCUCAAGGAUCAAUCCAUCGAGACCAUGAUCACUAUUCGAGAAGUGGAAAAGGACUCCGAUAGCCACAGAUUUUUCUACUGCAAACGAAGCAACGAGGAUUCUAAGGAGCGAUUUUUGUGGGCCGACGUAUGGAAAGGUCCUGAACGCGUGAUAUUUGGACACGAUGCACGCAGAGGACUGCAGCAACGUAAGGAUAAAUGGACAUUGGGCCUUGACACCGGAGUAGUUUACGGAAAGAAGCUCAUGGGAGUUAUUCUUCCCCAACGAAAGCUUGUCCAAAUUGAUGCAGUCAAGACCCACAAAUCAGUUUGAUGGGGACGAAGAGCUUGAAGACUGCAUAGAUUCUUUUGUGUAAGGCAGAGAUGAUUGUCAUUUUUGCAUGAGGCUAUCUUUGUGAAAGCCGAACAGAUAUGUUCCUGUGUUAAUUGGCAGGAAUGUAAAGCACAUGCAACAAGACUCAAUUAAACGGUGGGCUUACGGGGAUCAAGAAG